GUCAGUAUCACACAGUGAUCACAGUUCACACCUGCAGUGAAGCUCCUCCCACAACAAUUCACCAAUAAAUACUGGGAAUAUUCACAUCAUCCUACAAGAGAAGGACAAACUCCAGGUGUAGCAGCUGAAAUCUGUGUGACUGUUAAAGAUGGAGUUUAUUAAAGAGGAGAUUGAAGAUAUGAGUGAUCCAGAACCAUCCAGAAUAAAACAUGAAGAAACUGAGGAACAAAUAGACCAGAUGGAGGUGAAGGAGCAAAGACAGCAAACUGAAUGACGUAAAGAAACACUGUGACUUCAAAACUCAAGGAACAAAAGCCAAAAAGCUGUACACCUGCUCACAGUGUGGAAAGAGUUUCCGAAAUAAAGGAGAUUUUAACAAACACAUGAGAGUUCACACUGGAGAGAAACCGUAUACAUGCACUCAGUGUGGAAAGAGUUUCAGACAAAAAGGAAACCUUAAAACACAUAUUAGAAUUCACUCUGGAGAAAAACCGUAUACAUGCACUCAGUGUGGAAAGAGUUUUUCUCAACCAUCAGGUCUCAAUAAUCAUCUGCGCAUUCACACUGGAGAGAAACCAUUUAACUGUGAUCAGUGUGGUAAAGAUUUUAUUUCAUCAUCACAUCUAAAACAACACCUGAAUGUUCAUUCAGAUGAGAGGCCUUAUGUGUGUUCUCUCUGUGAAAAGACUUUUUCACGACUGGACUGUUUUAAACAGCACCAGAAAACACAUAAUGAAGUUAAAGAUCAUGUGUGCUUUGUCUGUGGGAAGAGCUUUACUACAUCGAGUCAUCUGAAAGACCACCAAAGAAUUCAUACUGGAGAAAAACCUUACAAGUGCUCAAAUUGUGGCAAGAGUUUCGCUCGGUCUGGAAACCUGAAAUUACAUAAGCGAGUUCAUACUGGAGAGAAGCCGUAUCACUGUACUCAGUGUGAGAAGAGAUUCAAAGAUGCCACAAGUUUAAAAAAUCAUCUUUUCAUUCACUCUGGAAAAAAAACAUUUAACUGUGAUCAGUGUGGAACAAUGUUCUUCUUGUCAAAACAUCUGAAAAGUCACCUGAAAGUUCAUUCAGAUGAGAGGCCUUAUGUGUGUUCUUUGUGUGGAAAGAGUUUUUCACGUUUGAAAAAUUUUAAACUGCACCAGAAAACACAUGAUCAAGUAAGAGAUCAUGUAUGUUGUGACUGUAAGAAGAGCUUUACUAGAGCUGACCAUCUGAAACGGCACAGAAGAAUUCAUACUGGAGAAAAACCUUACAAGUGCUCAUAUUGUGACAAAAGUUUCACUGUGUCUGUAACCCUGAAAUCACAUGAGCGACUUCAUACUGGAGAGAAGCCAUACCACUGUACUCGGUGUGAGAAGAGUUUCAAACAUUUAUCAAGCCUUCACUUUCAUAUGAAAAAAUGUGAAAAAAAGUGAUCAGCAUUCAUUUCAUGUCAAAUACUUUAAAGUAAAUCGUGUGAGAUAAAAUAUGGAGUCUCUCCUAAAAGCACAAUAUUAUACAGAUUCAUUUUCACUUAUUUUUGUGAAAAGCUUGGAAAACUAGAAAGACUUAAAGGGUUAGUUCACCCCAAAAUUAAAAUUCUGUCAUUAAUUACUCGCCCUUAUGUCGUUCCAAACCUGUAAGACUUUCGUUCAUCUUUGAAACACAAAUUAACAUUUUUUUAAUGAAAUCUGAGAGCCUAAUUUCAGUCUGUCCAUCAUAUAAGGUGAUCAUGUCUCUUCAGAAAAUUUUGGACUAAACUGCUCAAUUCAUUUGAAUUAGUUUGAUUAUCUCUUUAUGAACUUUUUGAAGCCUCAAAUUUGUCGUUGCAAAGGCAGUUGAUGGAGGAACAGACAUCUUUCAGAUUUCAUCAAAAAGAUCUUUAUUUGUGUUCCGAAGAUGAACUAAAGUCUUACGAGUUUGGAAAGACAUGAGGGUGAGUAAUUAAUGACAGAAUUUUAAUUUUGGGGUGAACUAGCCCUUUAAGUGAGAAAGAGAAUUUUAAAGCUUACAGGCUUUCGUACGUCGACCACCCACAGCGUCUUCUGAGAUUUCUAACGGUUGGAUUCUCUCAAGUCUGUAUUCGAUGCAUCCUCGAUAUCAAGAAGGCAUCCAGGUACUUUCAUGCGUCCUCUGUACUUGCUUUCUUGAGUAUUGGAAUUGAACUUCAACGGUGGAUGAUGACGUAAAGUGAAAACACAAGGAUGCAAAAUUGCUGAAGAAGGCAUAUUUAGAAACAGCUUCAGUUUCUUUGUUCCUACUCCUGUGUGUCCUGUCUCCUGGCUCCAUGUUCUCCCUCACUUUCCUGGAUUAUCCUUCAAAGAGAGAAAGUACUGUUUCAUUGAACUACAGUGUGUGUGGUGCAGCUUACCAGUCUGGACUGAUUAUCUUCUCUCGCUGGUGGUUGUUUGAAUUCAUCAUCUCCAUAACCCUCUUGUCAAUAAACUUCACUGUUACUCUCGCA